AUGGUGCAAUUCUCUCACGCUGACAAUUCUUCUCCAACCAUCAUAACUUUGGAUGAGAGCGAAGAUAAAGCUCGCGCUCGAGAGUUGACUUUGCUCGAAUGUCAACAAUUGGCUUUGGAGUAUAAUUUCGUCAAAGAGAACGCACCAUCGAAUGGAACCGUGCAGCAAAGAGCAGACGUCGUCGGUUUCUUCAAACAGUACGGCGCAAACGGAUUAUCGCAAUUUAAGAAGAAGUUCGGAUCGAUGAAGUUAUAUCCACCCGGAGAGAAAGAGGUGGAGUUCUAUUCCUUCUCUUGCGGUUCUGACGAAGACGAUGAUCUCGGAGGAUCAAACGGAGAUGCGUUCUUGAAAAAACCAAUCAGCAAGGAAGACAUCGAAGAAGCUAUACCGAUUUACGAAGAGAAUAAAGGUUCCUUUCAGAAAUUAAGCUGGAAAUACAUCAAACGUCCUGGAGGUCAGGCGAUUCGUCCGCCAGAUUGGUACAAAUUGGAUGGCGCUGUUGCGCAAGUCGAGAAGGGCGACAACGAUACUGAGUGCCCGAUGUGGACAUCGAAUGGCUCUGUUGAUUACGGCGGGAAAGAACAGUGGGAGUGGUGGUUAAAAUAUAAAGGUAAAUCAGCCGAUGAAUCCAAAGUACUCUUCGUUCGAGUCCUUGAAAUGGCAAAGAAGAACAAGAAGGAGAAUUUCUAUUGA